UUGUGCUCCUCAUCGUCUGGGCUUCAUUCUCUUGGUUUGAAAAAGAACAAGAAAUGGCGGAGUCAUCGUCCACUUCGGGAACAUCUGCAAAAUCCGACGCAGAAAUAGAAGAGAUGUUGGAUCGAAUGCUGACUCGUUUGGCUCUCUGCGAUGACUCCAAACUCCAACCCCUGCUCUCCAAGCUUCUCCCCUUCACCAUUUCCUCCCUUUCGUCCCAAUCCUCACUCGUCCGCAACAAGGUUCUUGAGAUCUUGAGUCAUGUGAACAAGAGAGUGAAACAUCAGCCUGAGAUUGGUUUGCCGUUGUUAGAGUUGUGGAAAUUAUAUUCUGAAGCCAAUGCUGCUCCAAUGGUUAGGAAUUUUUGCAUUGUGUACAUUGAGAUGGCAUUUGAACGUGUACAUGCAAAGGAAAAAGAAGAUUUGGCACCUGUGCUUGUGGCGAACAUUUCAAAGCUUCCUCUUCAGCAUCAAGAGAUUAUCCUGAGAAUUGCUAUCAAGGUAAUUGGUGAAUGUCACUCAAGUCAGAUUGAUGAUGAAGUUGCUGCAAAGUAUAGAUUAAUAGAUUCUCAAGACAGGGAGCUGUUCAUUGAAUUUUGCUUUCAUACUGUUUUGUAUCAACCGCCAUCUCAAAGUGGAGGAUGUCCACCUGGACUUUCGAUUGCACAAGCCAAUCGUGUUGCUGGAAAACAUCAGUUGAAGAGUGAUAUGCUUUUAAUGAGAAAGUUGGGGAUCGUAAAUGUUAUUGAAGCUAUGGAGUUGGCCCCUGAGCUUGCUUAUCCUGUAUAUGUGGCUGCCUGUGUAGAUUGGCAGGAGCCUGUUGUUAAGAGAGGGGAGGAGCUUUUAAAGAAGAAGGGUUCUGGUGCUAACUUAGAUGAUCCAAACCUGAUAAACAAACUGUUUCUACUAUUUAAUGGUACUGCUGGAGCUGAAAAUGUUGCCCCAGAAUUAAGAGUUAUUCCUGGGAAUCAUGCACUUAGAGCAAGACUGAUGUCUAUUUUCUGCCGUUCUAUAACAGCAGCAAACAGUUUCCCUGCAACUUUGCAGUGCAUAUUUGGCUGCAUAUAUGGAAGUGGUACCACGUCAAGGUUGAAGCAGUUGGGAAUGGAAUUCACUGUUUGGGUUUUUAAACACGCAAAGAUUGAUCAACUUAAGCUUAUUGGCCCUGUUAUACUUGCUGGAAUUCUGAAGUCACUUGACAGUUAUUCAAAUUCAGAAUCAGAUGCUACUGCUAGGGACACCAAAACCUUUGCUUUUCAAGCAAUUGGGUUGCUUGCACAUCGCAUGCCUCAACUUUUCAGCAAUAAGAUUGACAUGGCUGUUCGUCUUUUUGAUGCAUUGAAAGUGGAGGCCCAAUCUCUUCGUUUCGCUAUUCAAGAAGCAACCAAUACCCUUGCUGUAGCGUACAAGGGAGCACCUUCAACAGUGUUAAAGGAUUUGGAGACACUUUUACUGAAAAAUUCUCAAGCGGAACAAAGUGAAGUACGAUUCUGUGCACUGAGGUGGGCUACAUCUUUAUAUGAUUUGCAACAUUGCCCAAGUAGGUUUAUGUGUAUGCUUGGGGUGGCAGAUCCUAAGCUGGAUAUAAGGGAAAUGGCACUGGAAGGCCUUUUUCUGGUUAAAGACGAAGGAAGAACUAUGAGUCAAAAUCUUGAUCUUCGAUACCCUAAACUUGGUGUCAUGCUAGAUUUUAUUCUUAAGCAGCAGCCCAUGUUGUCAGAUUCCAAUGAAAGAAGGGAACAAAAGCUUCUUUUUCCCUCACAGACGUAUGUGGCUAUGAUUAAAUUUCUUUUAAAGUGCUUUGAGUCAGAGUUGGAGAUGAAUAACUCUCUGGAAGGAUCAUCUGAUUUCUGGUCUUCGGUGGAAGCAAUGUGUUCACUACUAGAACAUGCUAUGUCAUUUGAAGGCUCUGUUGAGUUGCAUGCCAAUGCUUCCAAGGCAUUGAUAGCAAUUGCAUCUCGCAUUCCAGAGAUGAUAGCAUCACGCUAUGCUCUAAAAUCAUCAUGGCUAAAGCAAUUACUAAGUCAUUUGGAUUUGGAUACUCGUGAAUCUGCUGCACGCUUACUUGGAAUUGCUUCCUCUGCUCUUCCUACACCUGCAUCAUCUGCUCUUAUUUCUGAGCUGAUUGCCUUGAUUAGUGGAACACACAAUUCAAGGUUUGAGAGACAGCAUGGAGCAUUAUGUGCAAUAGGAUAUCUCACUGCAGCUUGUAUAUCUAGAACUCCUGCUAUUCCAGAGACAUUGUUACAGAAUGUGUUUAAGUGCCUGGUUGAUGUUGUUAAUUCUGAAACUGCGACACUGGCCUCAGUUGCAAUGCAGGCACUAGGUCAUAUUGGGCUACGUGUUUCAUUGCCUCCACUUAUUACUGAUUCUACUUCAGUUGAUGUUCUGAUGGUUGUGCAUGAAAAAUUAAGGAAGCUACUUUCUGGUGAUGAUGUUAAAGCGAUUCAGAAGAUUGUUAUAGCCGUUGGACAUAUCUGUGUUAAGGAAACAUCAUCUUCACUUCUAAAUAUUUCUCUCGAAUUGAUUUUCAGUCUUAGCCGGUCUAAGGUCGAAGAUAUCCUCUUUGCUGCUGGGGAGGCUCUAUCAUUUUUGUGGGGUGGUGUUCCUGUGACUGCUGAUGUGAUUCUCAAAACUAACUAUACUUCACUUUCCAUGGCUUCAAAAUUCCUCACUGGAGAUGUGAGCUCAUCUCUCUCAGAAUAUAGCCUUACUGGGGAAAGCGAAGUGAAUGAAGAUUAUCACAUCAUGGUUAGAGAUGCAAUUACUAGAAAACUUUUUGAUGUUCUUUUAUACAGUACCAGAAAAGAAGAGCGCUGUGCUGGAACUGUUUGGCUGCUAUCACUUACAAUGUAUUGUGGCCAUCACCGAGCCAUUCAGCUAAUGCUUCCUGAAAUACAGGAGGCUUUCUCACAACUACUUGGUGAACAGAAUGAACUUACACAAGAGUUGGCCUCACAUGGCAUGAGUAUUGUGUAUGAACUUGGUGAUGCAGCAAUGAAGCAAAACUUGGUGAAUGCACUUGUAAGCAAUCUGACUGGUUCAGGGAAGAGGAAAAGAACCAUCAAGCUUGUUGGAGACUCUGAAGUUUUUCAUGAGGGGGCUAUAGGUGAAAGUCACAGUGGAGGGAAGCUGACCACAUAUAAGGAGCUUUGCAGCUUAGCAAAUGAGAUGGGGCAGCCAGACUUAAUUUAUAAGUUUAUGGAUCUUGCUAAUUAUCAAGUUUCAUUAAAUUCACAGAGGGGUGCUGCUUUUGGGUUUUCUAAGAUAGCAAAGCAAGCUGGGGAUGCUCUUAAGCCACACUUACGUACAUUGAUUCCAAGGCUUGUCCGCUACCAAUAUGAUCCUGAUAAAAAUGUGCAGGAUGCAAUGGCCCACAUCUGGAAGUCACUAGUUACUGACUCAAAGACAACCAUUGACGAAAACUUUGACCUCAUUAUUGAUGAUUUGUUGAUGCAAUGUGGAUCUAGGCUUUGGCGGUCACGUGAGGCAUCCUGUCUUGCCCUUGCAGAUAUUUUCCAAGGACGGAAAUUUGAUCAGGUUGGAAAGUAUUUGAAAAAAUUAUGGUCAGCAGCAUUUCGAGCCAUGGAUGACGUAAAAGAGACAGUUCGUACUUCUGGUGACAAAUUAUGCCGUGCUGUAACUUCAUUAACGAUGAGGCUUUGUGAUGUGUCCUUAACUGACAUUUCGGAUGCAAGCCAAGCAAUGGAUAUUGUUCUACCUUUCUUGCUUGCUGAAGGCAUAUUAAGUAAAGUUGACAGUAUCCGUAAGGCAUCUAUUGGAGUUGUUAUGAAACUUGCCAAGGGUGCAGGGAUUGCAAUCCGUCCACAUUUAUCUGAUUUAGUUUGUUGCAUGCUGGAAAGUUUAUCUAGCCUUGAAGACCAAGGGCUUAAUUAUGUUGAGCUGCAUGCAGCAAAUGUUGGAAUACAAACAGAAAAACUGGAAAAUUUGAGAAUUUCAAUUGCAAAAGGCUCUCCUAUGUGGGAGACUCUUGACCUAUGCAUAAAAGUUGUAGAUACUGAGUCAUUAGAUCCAUUGGUUCCUCGUCUUGCUCAAUUGGUACGCGCUGGAAUAGGCCUCAACACCAGGGUUGGUGUUGCCAGCUUUAUUACCUUACUAGUUCAAAAUAUUGGUGCUGAUAUCAGACCAUAUACAAGCAUGCUAUUAAGGCUGUUGUUUCCAGUUGUUAAGGAAGAGAAAAGUAUUGCAGCGAAACGUGCCUUUGCCAGCGCUUGCGCCAUUGUUCUUAAGCAUGCAACACCCCUUCAGGCCGAAAAUUUAAUAGAAGAAACUGUUGCCUUGCAUACUGGUGAUAGGAAUGAUCAAAUGUCAUGUGCAAUUUUAUUAAAAAGCUAUUCAUCUAUGGCCUCGGAUGUUGUGAGUGGAUAUCAUGCAGCGAUUGUUCCAGUUAUCUUUGUUUCAAGGUUUGAGGAUGAAAAGUCUGUUUCUGGCCUAUUUGAGGAGUUGUGGGAAGAAAAUACAAGUGGUGAACGGGUCACCCUCCAGUUGUACUCGGGGGAAAUUGUUUCUCUUAUAUGUGAGAGCAUUACAUUAUCAUCAUGGACAAGUAAAAGAAAGUCAGCCCAAUCGAUUUGCAAACUAAGUGAAGUUUUGGGUGAAUCCUUGUCGUCUUAUCAUGAUAUUUUGCUCCAAUCUCUUAUGAAGGAAAUCCCUGGUCGUUUAUGGGAGGGGAAGGAUGCUCUCUUAUAUGCUUUAGGUGCUCUCUCUGCAUCUUGCCAUAAAGCAAUCUCCGCCGGAGAUCCCAAUAGUCCCAAUGCCAUUUUGAGUUUGGUAUCUUCUGCAUGCUCCAAAAAGGUGAAGAAAUACCGUGAAGCAGCUUUCUCCUGUCUUGAACAGGUUAUUAAAGCUUUUGGUCUUCCUGAGUUCUUCAACAUGGUUUUUCCUUUGUUAUUCGAUAUGUGCAAUUUGGCCUCUUUCAAUAAGUCUGGGCAAGCACCUUUGGCAAGUGAUACUGCGAAAACAGAAUCGGAUGAAACCAAAGAUGUGUCUGUUCCACAUGAGAAAAUAUUGGACUGUGUGACAUCUUGCAUCCAUGUGGCACAUAUAAAUGACAUUCUUGAACAACAGAAGGAUUUAAUGCAUGUCUUCAUAACUUCCUUGUCGCCAAGCUCUCCAUGGACAGUCAAAACAACGGCAUUUUCAUCAAUCAAAGAACUUUGCUCAAGACUCAACAAGGCUUUGGAUGACUCCCAGGGAACUUCCAUUCAUGCCAACUUAACUUCUCUAGUUCAGGAGUUGUUUCGCAUGGUGUCACCUGAGAUAGUUCAAUGCAUAAGCACAGUAAAGAUUGCCCAGGUUCACAUCACUGCUUCAGAGUGCCUUCUGGAAAUCACCAACCUUGUCAAAGGCCUUCCUUCGGUGCAAUCGAUAAGUGUAGGGUUUAAGGAUGAACUUCUUCAUCAGCUUGAGGUGGAGAAGAAUGGGGAGGCAAAGUCAUUGCUAAGAAAAUGUACUGACAUAAUUGAAAACUUGAAAUUAGAAAAUGUCCCAUGAACCUUGAUCUUGUGUAUAGGAUGAACUUCAAUUAAUCUCUCACAGCUAAUAAUGAAAUUUUCAAUGGCAUUCUAUCUUA